AUACAGAUCUUCUCGUCAUGGCUCAGCCAGCGCGACCGAAGCGCAUCUUGGUGACCGGCGGCUCAGGGCUGGUGGGCAAGGCCAUCGCAAAGUUGGUAGCCGAGGGAGAAGGACGGCCGGACGAGGAGUGGAUCUUCGUGUCGUCCAAGGAUGCUGACUUGACGGACGCUGCCGCAACCGCAGCCCUUUUUGAGAAGCGCCGGCCGACUCACGUCAUCCACUUGGCAGCCAUGGUGGGCGGCCUUUUCCGGAACAUCAAGUACAACCUAGAUUUCUGGCGGAAGAACAUGCACAUCAAUGACAACGUCCUGCACUCAGCAUACAAAUCUGGUGUCCAGAAGGUGGUCUCCUGCCUCUCCACUUGCAUAUUCCCAGACAAGACCACCUACCCGAUCGACGAGACCAUGAUCCACAACGGUCCCCCGCACAACUCCAACUUCGGGUAUUCCUACGCAAAGAGGAUGAUAGAUGUUCAGAACAGGGGUUAUUUUGAGCAGCAUGGGUGCCACUUCACCGCCGUCAUUCCCACCAACGUCUUCGGUCCCCACGACAACUACAACAUCGAGGACGGGCAUGUCCUGCCGGGCCUCAUCCACAAAGCGUACUUGGCCAAGGAAAACGGUACGGCUCUCACUGUCUGGGGGACAGGAAAACCCAGGAGGCAGUUCAUUUACUCUCUGGACUUGGCUCGGCUGUUCCUCUGGGUCCUGAGGGAGUAUGAUGAAGUGGAGCCCAUCAUCUUGUCAGUCGGAGAAGAGGACGAAGUCUCCAUUCGGGAAGCGGCCGAGUGUGUGGUGAGAGCAAUGGACUUCAAGGGAGAGCUCCUUUUCGAUACAACAAAGUCGGAUGGGCAGUUCAAGAAAACAGCCAGCAACAGCAAGCUGAAGAGAUACCUCCCCGAUUUCCAGUUUACACCGUUUGAGCGAGCCGUGAAGGAAACAUGCGACUGGUUUUGCGCCAACUACGCCAUCGCCAGGAAAUGACCAAA